GGCCUCCGCGCUUUCUCAGAUGUGCUCCGGCUGCCGCCGCCUUCAGUGCAUCCUGCUGCUGGCAGCGCUCACCCGGGCGCUGGAUGAGACGGGAGCAGGGAGAUCGCUGCUGCGGUUCCGCCCGCUCCUUCAUGCGGGCUCCUGCUCCGGCGGAGGUCGCACCGCCGCCGCGGAGGAGCCGGGCUGCGCUCCCACCCCGCGCCCGCCGGCCCGCGGGGCCCGCAUGGCGUGCUACCUGGUCAUCAGCUCCCGGCACCUCAGCAACGGGCACUACCGCGGCAUCAAAGGCGUCUUCAGGGGACCGCUCUGCAAGAAGGGCGCUCGCUCGCCGGACUACGCUGAGAAGGAGAAAGCUGCAGCCAAGGCCCUGGAGGAUGUGAAGGCUAACUUCUACUGUGAACUGUGCGACAAGCAGUACCACAAACACCAGGAAUUUGACAACCACAUCAAUUCUUAUGACCACGCUCACAAGCAGAGAUUGAAAGAUUUAAAACAAAGGGAAUUUGCUCGAAAUGUGGCUUCAAAGUCAUGGAAAGAUGAGAAGAAACAGGAAAAAGCACUCAAGCGACUCCACCAGCUUGCAGAGUUACGGAAGCAGUCAGAAUGCAUCACUGGGAGUGGACCAUUGCUUAAAGCCCCCCGAUUAGUCCUGGAAAAGCAGCAAUCACCAGAUGGUAUUUUCCUGUACAAGGGCAGCAAGUUCACAGCUAAUUCUCAAAGAACCAUCACAAGUGAAGGACAAGGCUUCUCCAAAAGCAUACUAGAGAAACAGCAACUUAUUAUAAGCAGGCACCACCCCCCAGCUGAAAGACACCAUGCACUUGGAAAUCACGUCUCACAAAUGUUCCCAUACAGCAACAAUACCUCUCAAAGGGCAGGAGUGUCAUUUUCGUUCUCUAAAAAGGUCCCUUUGAAGCUUGAGUCCUCAGCAUCUGUCUUCAGUGAAAACUGUGAGGAAGGAAAUGAUUAUAGUGAGUCCCCCAAACAUAAAAAAAAGCAAACUAUUGAGGGCUGUCAUUCUGUCACACUUUUGGAGGAGCAACUGAAAGCAAGUUUGGAUAAAGAGUCACCUAUUACACAAGACCAAAUGGAUUUGGAUAACAGUGCAUCAAGUCAUGUAGCUACAAAACCUAAAAUGCUAAAGGAAAAUGAUAAAAGUAAUGAUAAGGAAUCAGAAGAAAAAUUCAGAGAUAAUCCUUCAUUUUCUCAAGUCAAAAUACCACUUCCAAAUUCUUCUGCUUCACUGAGAGAAACAGAGAAAGAGAGCAAACUGAAUGAAUCUCAGCAAUUCUCAGAAACUCCCAUCUCAUCUCCAUGCCAAGCUAGCAAUUUUUGUACACAGCUGAACACCUACAAGCCCAGUAAUGCCCACCUGCCUGCCCAGUUGUCUGAGCUCCCACGACAGCCAGCACCUGAGCUGACCUGUUCAAGCAACAUUAAUGAGAGUCCUGGAGUGAUAAAAAGAGAAAGAUCUUUGGAGAUUACCAAAACCACAGAUGGAAAUACGGAAACACUUGAAAAGGAGACCAUGGUUAAAGAAGUUAAGCCCCAGGCAUUGCCUUUCCUCCAUGUAGUGAGCAAAGAUGGCACCACUGCUCUGCAGUGGCCCACAGAAUUACUUUUGUUUACAAAAACUGAGCCCUGUAUUUCAUAUGGCUGUAAUCCAUUGUAUUUUGACUUCAGACUCUCUUUAAAUCACAGGGAGGGUAAACAGAAUGAAAUAAACAAAGCAAGCUGUAAAGAGCUCUCUAAAAAUAAGACUGCAGAUGAAUAUGAACCCUCAGGUUUAAUAAAACACAAGCAAAUGUCAAAUGAACAAGAUAAUCAGUUGUUGAAACCAAAGAAGAUGAAAGGUUCCCUAAAUCCAAGAAAGGCCAAGCAAAAAGCUGAGUCAGACAUAGGGAAAGAAAUGAAUGAAAAUGGUCAGAAAUGCAUUGCAGACUAUUUGAAUGAAAAUAUACCCAAAGUGCCUGCUUACCUUGAUGUCUCACAAAAGGAUUAUGUGACAGAAAAAAGUCUUUAUACAACAUCACUGAGGAGACCUUUAAAGAAUCAUUUCCAUGACUGUGAAAGAAAAACUCAGAAUAUUAGAAACGAAAGCAUUUCCUUUUCUGCUUUUAUGUCUCGGAUUAAAAACUCUAACUCUGAAAAAUGUCAUUUAAUUUAUUCUGAAGAAAAAUAUGAGAACAAAAAUUACUCCAGAUCCCUUCAAGAUGUGGUCCGCUGCAGCAGUGACAUAAGUGACAGUGGAAAAGAUUCUAAUGGAAGUUUCUUUAGUUGUAAAUCCAGUUCAAACAUCAGGUAUUCAGAUAAUGAAGGAUGUGGAAGUUACACAAGAUGUUGGAGGCUCCCAUCUCCUCAAAAGUCCUCAUCUGGCAGACAUUCCAGCUAUUCUGACACUUCAGUUAGCAGUAUGAGUAGCUACAUGAGCUACAUGAAUCCCACAUCAAACAAUCACAGAAGAAAUAAUUUGCUUUGUUGUUGUAAAAGAAAAAGCAAGAGAGAUGAAAGGCACAAACACAGAAAGCACAAGUGUAUUUUCACUUCAGAUGAUACAGAUGAGGAUUAUCUUUGUCAUAGCAGAAGUCACAGAACUAGAAGCUGUAUUCAGAGUGGCACAAUUAAAUAUCGAAGAUGUUCAAGACAUAAACUUUUACAAAUCAGUGACAGGUCUAAACACAGCAGAUGUAGACAUCAGCAUUUUGGCAAAAUGUUUAGCAGGAGUAGAAGCUGCCACAAACACAAAAGUGGUUCCACUAGUGAUUCAAGAAGCAGUGAAAGAUCAUCUAGCAGCAGAAUAUCAAGAUGCAGCAGUUCAGGAUCUGUCUCAAAAGAGACUGACAACUGUGACAACAAAACAAAAGAGGAUGGUGAGAGAGGUUCUAAUGCUGAACCAGGAAAAGCUGAAACUACACAUUCCAACUCUCUGAAUGUGAGCAGUCAGCGUAAAAACUUUGCCACCUGCUCUUCCAAAAACCUGGCAAAAUACAUCUGUGGAAAAAGAAAGUCAAUGACAGCCAAGUUGCUUUUAGAAAGAGUGCAGUCUAAGAAAACCCAGGAACAAAUGCAUGAUCCAGAGAGAUUUUCAGUCAGUACUGGGAUAGAAUUAAAGGAUCACUCACAAAGUCACUUUGCUCUUCAGUUUUCAUCAUCAGGAGAUGACACUGCAAUGUUACCUUUGCCAGACAAAGUGCUAAGCAAAGGUAAAAAUUAUAUGAGACAUAAUGAAAUCAGUUUGUUGAAAAACAGUGUGAAGAAAAACAAUACUGGAGCAUCAGAGAUAACAAAUGUUACUCUUUCACCUGGAACUGAUUAUGAUCAUUGUGCUCUUAAAGACAUAAUUCAAAUUGAAACAGGCUAUCAGAGUCCAAGCAUACAAAGGAACACAGCAAUAAAGGAACAAACCAAUUUCUUCAUUAGUGAAGUGCAGCCCUUUCUACAAAGCUGUGAUCCAGUACCAAAUGAUUUCCCUGGUGCUUUUCCCUCUAAUAGAUAUUCUGUUGCUAAUUCAACAGAGACCAAAGAAGAACUACAUGACGUAAACAUGGACUUUAACCAGGCAGAAGGCAGUUCAGACUCUUUUUGUGACAAUGCUAUGCAGAAGUAUGGUGAUACACUACAUGACCUGGAAGUGUACAGUAAAUCCACCUCCCCUCCUGUAACACAGCAGCCUAUCACAUUUACACCAGAAGAAGUGGACAAAUACAGGCUGCUGCAGCUGCAAGCCCAGCAGCACAUGCAGAAACAACUUCUGGCAAAACAUCUGAAAGUUUUGCCUGCCCCAGGACCAGCUGCCUUCUCUGCAACACCAGCAGUUCCUGCCCUCCCUGUUCAGCAGCAGGCUACUGUCACCACCAUCCACCACACACUGCUGCAACACUUUGCUGUCUCAGCAUCUGUGCACCCCCACGGCAGCCAUCUCUCCCUGGCACCCCUCCACCCCCUCUCUCAGGCACAUUUUGCCCCCAUAUCACUUUCCCCAUUAGCGCCAGCCCUUAUUCCCUCCCACCCUGCCUUGCUGACAGGACACCCACUGCACUUGGUUUCUGCCACUCCCCUCCACCCUUCCCCCCUGACCUUCCCUGCACUGCCACAUGCUGCAUAUAUCCCAGCCCUAUUUACACCACACCUGAACACAGCCACACCUUCUGCUAUACACCCAAAUCACUUAGUGCAUCCCUUAUUCCAAGGACAAGAGCCACAUCACUAUUCUUGUUCUAUCCAGACCCAACAGUUACCUACAGCAAAAGACAUUUUCAGUGUUUCUAGCUACUUAAACUAGCCCAAAUAAUUUCAUCAUGGCUCCAACCCCAAAUUAAAAUAAAAUAAAACAUUCAGCAUUCAAUCACGUCUGAGGGGAAAUCGACUGUUUUGC